UAUCGCAUUCGGAUAGGCUAUCUAUGGUGUGCCCAUACCGUCCUCCUCCACCGCAGCAGCCAGCGACGCGUCCACUGCGGCUGCUCAACAUGGCGGCCUCUAUCGUACCGAUAUGUUCAUCCUCAUUAUGCAGCCGUGUCUUCCAACCCUGUUGUCGAACCAGAUUCAGGACUUACAGAAAUAGUGGGAUCCAGCGGAGGCAUUUUCAUUCCACAGACGCCAGUUACGCUGCUACAGUAAUCUCAGGAACUGAGCUGGCCCGACAGAUUCACAAAGAGAUACAACGCGACGUGGAAGAGUUGGUUUCUCAAGGCAAUAAGCGACCGCAUCUGAGUGUCAUUCGAGUGGGAAAUGACCCUGCCAGCCGAUCCUACGUCAGGAACAAAACCAAAGCCGCUGCAGCGCUGGGGAUCUUCAGUGAGACACUCGUAAGGCCCGCCUCCGUGUCACAGGAGGAGCUCCUGCAGAUGAUUGACACCCUGAACCGUGACUGGAGAGUGAGCGGCCUGUUAGUACAACUUCCUCUUCCAGGGCACAUAAACGAGCGGGCGGUGUGCAACGCCAUUGCUCCAGAGAAGGACGUGGACGGGUUCCACAUCGUCAACAUCGGGAAACUGUGCCUUGACCAAAGAUCCAUGGUGCCUGCCACACCUGCGGCCGUGUGGGAAAUCAUCAGGAGGACAGUGUGUUUCUGUCUCUCAGGCAUCGAGACGGUGGGGAGGAAUGUGCUUGUUGCCGGGCGCUCCAAGAAUGUUGGGAUGCCCAUUGCUAUGCUGCUACACACGGACAGGCGACAUGAACGCCCAGGGGGUGAUGCCACAGUAACCAUCGCUCACAGGUGUACUCCCAAGGAGCAACUGAAGGAGCUCACCUGCCUCGCCGAUAUCAUCAUUGCUGCCGCAGGGGUCCCCAACUUGAUAACGGCAGACAUGGUGAAGCCCGGAGCUGCUGUCAUUGACGUGGGGAUCAGCCGUGUCCAGGACCAGACCGGGAAAGUUCGGCUCAUUGGGGAUGUUGACUUCGAGGAGGUGAAAAUGAAGGCGGGAUUUAUCACUCCAGUGCCAGGAGGGGUGGGGCCUAUGACUGUCGCCAUGGUAAUGAAGAACACAGUGACUGCAGCCAGAAAUGCACUCACGCACUGAGAGCACACGCAAACACGCGCAAACGCACACAUAAACACAGGAAGGCAGGUGUACCCACGCAAAAAAGCGCAAAAACACAAACAUGGGUACGAACACAACUGCACAUGCUUCAACACUAGCGGUGCACCUGUCAGUCAUAUUUCAAAGCCACACCCAUAUUGAACCCGCAGAAUUCUGACCAACAGCAUCAGCCCUCAUGAUUGCAAAUUGAGCUGUUGACCCAUUUAAUUAAGAAAAUAUGUUUUAUUUAUAUUUUAUACAUUUUUUAAAUAAGUGUUUUUCUUUUCUUAACUUAUUUUUACAGAUUGUUAAUUUCAUUACUGUUUGAGUAGAGCAGAUGUAUCGUGUAAUAGAGCUGUGCUGUAAGACACCAGUAUUAAAGGGUGUCAGGGCAGUUCUCCCAACACUGGUACUCUCUGUACACUGGUUUAAACCUUAAAAGGGUUUUCAGCCCGCAGCUGCAGUAAGUAAAUGUUUAAAAUGUCCAGUCGUAAUCCCCAGACUGUUUGUGCCAACACAAACAGAGCUGGAGCAGUCCCUGUUUGUCCCUGCCCAAUUAGAACGCAUCGUUUAGAGACUGCAUUCGGCCUUGUCCAAUCAGAAGACCAUAAGUGCAUACACACACACACGCACUUGUCGACACGCACACACAAUUUUUAGUUUUAUUUAUUUAUUUAUUUAUUUGUUAUUUACUUGUUUUUUUAUUUAUUUGGUACUUAAUUACAUUUUGUAGAUUUGCAUUUUUCUAAUGUAAUAUUGUUUAGUUUUGAUUCUAAAUUCUGCUGUAACUCCAGGCCAUUGUGGACGUGAGCAAACCAUUGUUCUGUAAUAAAUGAAAUAAAGUAUCUGUUUAGCAUCUCAA